AGAAACCCAUUGAGCUUUUGCAGUUUUUAUUGAUAUUAUUGCAAGAUUAAGAAGUGAUAAUGGAGGGAGGAAGUUCAGGAGGAGGAGGAACAGUGAUAUCCCCUGAGGCUCCACCGAGUUACCAUGUGGCGCCGAGACAGGACAGUAUUUCCUCUUUGGUCCCAGUGGGAAUGUCUUCUUCAUCGUCACCGCCGGCAGCAGCGGCCCACUUAGGCCCAUCUACUGUUGGCAAUGCUGGGCCUUUUGGGAGCUCUGAGAAGAAGAAGCGUGGCAGGCCCAGGAAGUAUGGCCCAGACGGCGCUUCCCUGUCUCCCGCCGGCGGCGGCGGCGGCUUCUUCCCUGAGAAAAUGAUGAGUGCCCCGCGGCCGGCUUCCGAGAAGAAACACCGGAGCAAGAUUGGGGCUGAGAAUUUAGGUGGCUGGAUUUCAUGUACAACUGGUGGAAACUUUAUACCCCAUGUCAUAACUGUUGAAGCUGGUCAGGAUGUGACGAUGAAGAUCAUAUCGUUUUCGCAACAAGGCCCUCGGGCCAUAUGCAUCAUCUCCGCCAACGGUUUGAUAUCCAACGUCACCCUCCGCCAACCCAACUCUUCCGGUGGCACUCUAACUUACGAGGGUCGGUUUGAAAUCCUCUCGUUGUCGGGAUCCUUCACGCCAACGGAGUUUAGUGGGGCCGGGACGAGCAGGAGCGGAGGGAUGAGCAUAUCUCUCGCGAGUCCCGACGGUCGCGUCGUUGGAGGAAUGCUUGCUGGCCUCUUGAUAGCUGCCACUCCCGUUCAGGUCAUCGUGGGGAGUUUUCUUCCGAGCAAUCAAAGCGAGUUCAAGUCCCCAUCGAAGAAGCCAAAAGCGGAAUCUACCAAAGCACAACCGGUUUUGAGUUCACAAGUCUCGUCCGUUGAUAUGACCGCUCAUCAUCAUAACCCCAACCCGGAUCUGAGAAAUCCAAACCCAAUGGCUCUGGUUUAUCCUGGGUCCGGAUGGGGAGCAGUCCCACCAAAUGUGGACAAUGAAUCAAGAAAGGGCACAACCGACAUUAACAUAUCCUUGCAUUCGGAUUAGUUCUUCCCGCGUCAUUGUUCGGUCCCACGUGGGCGGGCUUAGGGGCCGCUGGAUCACACACUCUUUCUCUCACGUAUGUAUGUCUGUGUGAGACAGAGUGUCUGGUUCUAACGGCUUUUGUAAUAGUUACUAUGUACUCCGUAGUUCUGAAUGUUGGAUUAGGGGAUUGAUAAUUGAUUAUGGAAGUUUAAUUUGAAUUUUAUUAGUUUGAACUUUAGAGCUGCUGAUUAUGUGCGGUUUAAUUCUAAACGGCCACUUUUGUUAAUGACAUAUUUCUAGAGUAUUAUUAUAAAUGUUUAGUGCGGAU